UAGAGCCUUUUGAAUUUUAUUCAUUUGAUAUAUUUUUAUUUACGAAUGCACGUACAACUUGGAAUAAUAAUAUUGAUUUAAUGACUUUACCGGUUCAACUGAAUCGAACAAUAAUUAAAAAUAAAUUACAUUUCUUAUACUAUGUACCAUCAGUUAUCGUGCAGUUACCAUAUUUAUACAGGAUGGGAAAUAUAAUGUAACUGACUGAUUUGAAUGAGCUGUCAAUUUGAAUGUAUGCGUUCCUGUCAGUUGCAUUUUGGCAGUUGUAGAAAGGAUAUAUGGCAAAUUAAUUAUGGAAUGUUACACGAUACAGCGGCGCGUAUACAUUGUGAAAACUUGAGAACGAUAUCUGAUAGAGAUCUCAGCACGACCGUGGCUUAUCGCUGAUACCACCGGUUUGUUAAAACUGUUAUCAUUAAUUAACAACUAUAUUGAUACUUGACACAAUAUUUCAACUGAAAUCUUGACAUAACUAGCGCAAAGUCACAGUCAUCGAUGAAGUAUCUUUGUUAAAUGUUUUCACAAGACAUACACACUGUCGUAUCAUACGUGGAUUUUCUUCAGUUAAUGACAUAUUGCGAUAUUCACACGUACCUAUCUAGUUUAAAAUUAAUCAUCAGAUAAACAAAACAGCGCAUUACAAUUGUUAUGUUAUUGGGUUGUUACAUACAUAUUCAUUUUCCAACUUCUUGGUGAAUGUGCGAGGCAGAAAAUCAUCGGUGUGAGAGGCGUGACUGACAGUUUGAUUAAACUGAAUUAUUGAAACACGAUGGGAAAGAUAAUGUUUUCGGCGGUCACUGGAAAGCAGCAGGUACUAAUGCUGUUUCUGCUUGAAAUUAUCCUAAUCGCGCUAAUAGGAACGAUGAUGACAUAUGGUCCAGAGGCGAAUGCUAAUUUGCUCAAAAAUCACAAUGGUACCGCUGAUAAAUCUGGUCAAACCAAGAAACCAUCUGACGAUCCAUUACGAGUUUAUCCAAUGUAUCAAGAUGUCCACGUGAUGAUUUGGAUCGGUUUUGGCUUUCUGAUGACGUUCCUAAAGAGAUACAGCCAGAGCGCUGUUGGCCUGACCUUCCUUGUAGGCGCAAUUCUCGUCCAGGUUGCUCUACUCUGCGACGGUAUAAUGAACUUAAAAUUGGGCAGCAAAGCUUAUCUCUCAUUAGACAGUUUGCUUAGUGCUGACGUUGCCGUCGCUACGCCGCUUAUCUCCAUGGGAGCAGUUCUAGGCAAAGUGACCUAUAUGCAACUGGUGUUCAUGGGAAUAGUAGAGUUGAUCAUGUUCACCAUUAAUAAGUACGUGGGCGAGAAUCUGUUUAUGGCUGUUGACGCUGGCGAUAGUAUGUUUGUUCACGUGUUUGGCGCGUAUUUUGGAUUGGCAAUUAGUUUUGUACUCGGAACGAAAGAUAAACCGAAGGAACAUGAUUUGGAGGGUUCGAACUAUCAGUCAGAUGUUUUCGCCAUGAUUGGUACGGUGUUCUUAUGGCUAUUUUGGCCGUCAUUCAAUAGCGCUGCUUUGACGGGAGAUGAUCAACAGCGGGCUAUAAUCAACACUCUGUUAUCAAUAUCCGCGAGCUGCGUGAUCACGUUCGCCGUGUCUGCAUUGGUUUCCAAGGACAACAAAUUCAACAUGGUACACGUGCAAAACUCGACUCUGGCUGGAGGCGUAGCUAUUGGCACAGCUGCAGGUAUGAUGUGUGAACCAGUGGGUGCUUUGACCAUUGGCGCUGUAUCCGGUAUUAUUAGUGUGCUGGGAUACAAAUAUCUUACGCCAAUUAUACAGAAACGUUAUCAUAUCCAUGACACUUGCGGGGUGCAUAAUUUACAUGGGAUGCCGGGUGUGCUGGCUGCAUUUUUUGGGGCUCUUAUGGCAAGUCUGGCCACAGAAGCCUCUUAUGAUUACUCUCUGUACGAAAUCUUUCCUGCACGAGCGCCAAGCUCAGAGGCAAAAAUUAGCGAGAUGCGCGACAAUUAUGGAAUAUCACCGGGACUCAAUAGGACGGCGUAUCAGCAAGCGGGAUAUCAAUUACUGGCGCUGGCGGUCACCCUUGGGAUCUCUAUUGUUUCUGGAUUAAUAACGGGUUUACUUUUGCGCACAAUGAUGUGCGGUUGGGUUACCGAGCAGCAGAAAUUUGACGAUGAAGUAGUCUGGGAACUGGAAGAUGACUCCUUCCCACACGAAUUCGGAAAAAGUCGAAACGAUAACACUCGUCCCAACGAGCAUAUAACCAUGGGCAAUAUUUAACAUGUGUAUAUAAUGCGCAAUAUAUAAUACACAAAGUGCAAGUCUCACGAUAGUAUUUAAGCUUCCAUGAAAAUAUUAAGUAUUAUAGCAUAUUCUAAUAUAAUUACUUUACUUAAUAAAUAGUACCUGUUUGCACCUUCCACAUUGCACAAAUAAUUCUCUUCAUAUCUCUGUAAUAUAAUAUACUAAAUUUCAAGUACCUUUAUAUUUUGAUUCAUUUCGUACUAUUGUUCUAAUAAUACAGACGUGGAAUGAAAAUUUUGCGUACCAUGUUCAUUCAUUGUUCUGUGUAUAAUUAAAUGAUUACAUAGCUAGUGUAUAAUGGAAAAUGUCUGCGAGAGUAGAAAUCAAGUACUCGAGAAAUAUUUUAAAAUAAAGACUGAGUUAAAACGCACCGAAGGAAACAGAAUAAAGAAUUCCACCGUAUAA